AUGGCUUGGACGACGAAUGGUGUCACACUAAGUCAUCACACUUCUCUAAUCCCUUCACCUCUUAGGAUUAGGAAAAGGCACCAGCGUGCGGUUUUAAAUCGCCGCCGCGCAGAGCGGACUUCUUCUGUCGAAAGUAUCAGGUUCGCCGUCGCUCAAGCGCUCGAAGAUAUCUCAAGUACCGGUUGGGAUACCUCUCCGGAUAGCUUGCUCGAACUCACUUUCCAGCAACAGUCCGUCCCAAGUGGAGCCGGCUUUUCAUGGGAUCUGCACACUCUCCCACUUAGUCGCACGCCCAGCUUUGAACCAUUGAGAAUUCGAAAAACUCGCUGCAGCCAGUCGACCAUGUCUGGAUCAUCAGCCAGAGAUGCUUGGGCGUCGGGUUCAAGAACGACAAGCCAAAGCACAUCUAUGUCGCAGGGACUUGGCCCAGCCUUUCAUUAUAAGUAUAUUCCGACCUCGGGGGGCGCGAACCAGAGUUUAUCCAGCUCGCAAGAUACCGGCUCGAACUUUGAACCGAGUCCACUCCCAUCAUCCGCAGCUACCAGACAACGACAACCCUCUUCCCAGGAUCUUGAAUCCAACCUCAGACCAACCUCAUUCUGGCCAUCUCGAGUAAUGAGUCAAAACGGAUUGAAACGAGAUGGUCUUAGUUCAAGCGUGGGUCGAUACUUCGGCUCGUCUUUCGGCUCACCCCAUACUCGUCCAUCGACACCGGAACUGAGUGAAUCGCCUGUGACGUGGAGCCGCGUGGAUAGACGACAUGAUAGCUCAACCACAUUGGAGAGCUCUGCCGCAAAGCUCGCCCUUGAAGAGAUUCGAGAAGAGAUUGAAAGGGAAAUUGUUCUUCAGGGGACUCCCAAGCAAGUAAAGCGUCAACCCUCACGCAUGAGCAUCUUCAGGCAUCGCUGUUCGCGAACACACGACACAGAACCGCCGAAACGAGUCGUAUCGGAGGGUGUUGCCACUAAUCGAUUACCCGCACGACGGCGCCCGUCGAUCUUCCAACGGCGAGGACGAGACCCCCAAGCCCAUCCGGAUAAGGUAUUCGCAUCUGAUCAACCAUCAACCGAAACAUUCACAAUCGGUGCUUCAGCUGCAACUCUCACGAUGGGUAGUUCAGGGGGGACCUUCGCGAGCUGCAAUGAGGCUCAUUUUAAACUCCAGCAACCAGAGAAGAAAGUCCCUACCGCCGAAGCAACCCACCUGCCGUCUACCACUAGCCUUGAGAUUGCAGUCGAGAUUGAAGCUGUUCUUCAUAAUCCACAUGUCCUUCCCUAUGAUGGAAUUGAUAUUAUAUUUGUAAUCGACAAUGCUUACUAUGUUUCUGAAUCUUGCCUUCAACAAGCGAAAAUGACCAUGCUAGGAGCUUUGAAACAUACACGCCAUACAGACCAGAUCGGACUGUUUACGACGCAUAAAACCAACUCUCAAGAUAAAGAGGCAUUUUUUCCCAAUGAGCUUUAUCCGCUUCAACCUGUCAAAGAAUCUGUCCUCCGCGACAAGCUCAAGGAGAUUCAAUUCUAUGAACGUUCGCGACCGGAGGGAACCCUUCAUAGAACGCUCUCUUCUAUUGUAAAGGCCCACAAGAACCCAGGUUCGGCUACCUGCGAUAAGUUGUUCAAAACAUAUCAGCAUUUCCGCUUCCACCACCUUAAUCCAGCAAUGCGAGCGUUCAACACCGGCGGUUCUCGGGAGAGCGCCAUGUGUGGCAGAGCGUGCGACCAUGCCAUCGCUUCGCUCUUUAACAACGCUCGUCACCAUGAUCCAGUCGACGAGCUUUCGAAUGUGACUAUUAAUCUCGCCCCGCUCGGCGGCUGUCGCAUCAAGGUAGACGACGGGUCGCCAUCAAUUCCACGCUUGGGCGUGGGAGAAGUUCACACUUACUUCGCCACCGUGAAUCUAGAUGUCUCGCAUGGUGAGGGACCUCUCGUGGGCUUCAAAGCUGGGUUCAGGAGCUCUUUACAUCCCUCUGAUGAUUGGCUUGAAUCAAAUGGUCUGGCUUUGAGUAUGCAGAAGCUCAAGGGUGUAGGACAUCCCAGGGAACUGGAAAGGGAUAUGGCAGUGGAGUAUGUAAGGCGACGCUUCUUUUGGGAAAUGAGUCGGACGCCGUCAUCUUCCGCCCCCUUAGCGCUUAAAAACUGGAUUAGCUCUUGGAAAGGCUCUAAUAUAUGGUACAUCGUUGCUGGCAUGGUAACGCAAGUGUUUGUAGAGCUUGAGCUUGAGAACAAAUAUAUAGCUUGAUUAGCUAGCUAUUCAUAAAAUAUCCGAAGAUCGUUAGAGGCAAGCAAAUACCUUGCUCCGUCUCCUUGAC